AUGGGCUUGUUCAAGAUGUCAGCUUACUUGAAAGAAACGUACAUUGCCCAAUUGGCAGUCCAGAGAGCUACGCUUCUGACACAGAAGGUUGCUGCUGAGCACUUGAAAGGCGUUAGCAAAGAGGACCAUUCUCCAGUUACGAUCGGGGAUUUUGGAGCCCAAGCAAUAAUCAUCAAUUCGAUCCUAAAGAAUUUCCCUGGCGAUGAGGUUGUUGGGGAAGAGGACUCCCAAUUGAUCAAGGAGAAAAAUCUUGGUGAGAACAUUCUUUCUCAAGUUCAGUAUGUUCAGGAGCAGGAUUCCAGCAACAAUGAUUCUCUGGGCGUCAUUGAGGACAGCAGCGCAUUAUGUGAUAUCAUUGACAAGGGUCAAUCCAAAGGUGGACGCAGCGGUCGCAUUUGGGCUCUUGAUCCAAUAGAUGGAACCAAGGGUUUUCUAAGAGGAGACCAAUAUGCCGUGUGUCUUGCAUUGAUGGUUGACGGUGUGGUCCAAGUUGGUGUUAUUGGCUGUCCAAACCUUCCCCAUGAUUUAAACGACAGGAAUUCACCUGUGGGAGGACUUUUUACCGCGGUCAGAGGCGCUGGGUCCUAUUUCCAGGACCUCAAGUCCGAUCUGGUAUAUCCUUUCACCAGAAGCAUGAGAAUUCAAGUAAAUAAUUCACUUCCUGUCGAACAGGCCAGAGUCCUAGAGGGUGUUGAAAAAGGACACUCUUCUCAUGGUCUUCAAAAGUUGAUCAAGCAGGCUCUCAAUAUACAAAGCAAGUCUGUGAACCUUGACUCACAAGUUAAAUACUGUGCGCUGGCCAAAGGUGAUGCCGAAAUCUACUUGAGACUUCCUAAAGACCCAGCUUACCGUGAGAAGAUUUGGGACCAUGCGGCAGGCACUCUUUUGGUUCAUGAGAGUGGUGGAAAAGUCACUGAUAUUUACGGUUCACCUCUAGAUUUUAGCCAUGGCAGAACAUUGAACAGCCAAGGUGUCAUAGCUGCUACUACCAACGUUCACGGCCAUAUUAUUAAGGCCAUUAAACAAAUUAUUGGUGAAAAGGGAGAAAAGUUGGAGGAAUACUGUAAAUAA